AUGGGAAAAGAAGCUAGGAAGGGAACAAAGCAUCCGAUCUAUAUAGGUGUUAGAAAGAGGAAGUGGGGACAGUGGGUGUCUGAAAUCAGAGAGCCAAUGAAGAAGAACAGGAUAUGGUUGGGCUCAUUUCCCACACCAGAGAUGGCUGCUUAUGCACAUGAUGCAGCUGCUUUAGCCUUAAGAGGAGAGUCUGCCAGUUUCAAUUUUCCUGAAUCGGCUCACUCCCUUCCUCACCCUGCAACUUUCUCUGCAGUGGACAUUCAAGCUGCUGCAGUACGAGCUGCAUAUUCUUGUUCCAGUUGCCAACAACCAGAAGAAGAACAAGUACCCCAUAUGUGCUCCAGCGACAACAAUGAUCAUGAUUCCAAUGCUUUGCCAGACUUAGAGCUCCCACUACACAAUGCCAGUAAUGAAGCUGAAUCCGGUGAUGUUGCAAGAUCUGAUAACAAAAAGGAGGUGCUCGAAUCAUGGCUUGAUUGGCCCACCUUGCUAAUGAACGUGGCAGAUGGAGUGACAUUUGGGUCUUCUCUCCUCUUUCAUAACCAAUUCGCUGAAGAACAGGAACAAGAUCACCAGUUUAUAUCUCUCUGGGAUUUUACAUAA